AUGAAAGAGCUUGGCAAUCUUUCCUAUUUUUUGGGUAUAACUGUUGCAACCUCUGGCUCUACCUAUGUACUUUCUCAGACCAAGUAUGCUCAGGAUGUUCUUACUAAGGCUGGUAUGUUGGAUUGUAAGCCUUCUGAUUCACGUAUAUCUGUUAAGCCUGGGUUGCCUCACAAAUCUGAUGUUCCUUUUCACAAUCCUUCUUUCUAUCGAAGUAUAGUUGGGGCAUUGCAAUACUUAACCAUUACAAGGCUUGACCUGUCUUAUGUUGUAAAUCAACUCUGUCAGCAUAUGCAUAAUCCUACUCUUGGCCAUUUUGCUGGCGUCAAAAGGUUGCUUAGAUAUCUUAAAGGAACUCUGUCUCAGAGCCUCACCUAUACACCCAAUUCCUUUGCUCUUCAAGCCUAUUCUAAUUCCAACUGGGCUGGAGACUCUAUUGACAGAAAAUCCACUUCUGGAUAUUGUGUCUUUUUGGGCUCCAAUCUUAUUUCUUGGUUAGCCAAGAAACAAGCCACUGUGUCUCGAUUCUCUAUUGAAGCAAAGUAUCAAUCAUUGGCUCAUACUGCAACUGAACUGACCUAG